AUUCCUGAAAUGCAGAGCCAUCCGGAUGCUGUAAAGAUGAUGUCAUUUUUUCCUUAUGGUGAUGAUGUGAGAGCUUUAGAUUCACCAGCAAAGAAGCAGCAUACUGAACCUUACUAUAAUAUUGAAUGUCAAUGUAUGUGUCAUACUAAUUUAAAUGAUACAGAUAAGGAAAAUUUGUGGUUGCAAUGA